AUGGCGACCAACGCUGAAAGUCAAGCCUCUGAUGUUAUUAAAGGUAUCUACUGUUUUCAAAUGCUUCAAGGCAAAACAUUCAUCCAACCGAAGAGAGAAAUACUCUCCAUGAUGGACAUGGCCAAAUGGUUGCAAUCAUCGGCUUAUGCGGAAUUACUGGGAUUUAUACAAUCGCUUAAUAUGGCAAUUAGAAACAAGAAAAUUUCAGACGAUUUUCCAAAAUCAGAGGCUACCAAACAAAUGCUACAGAUUCUUGAUACUUUGGAUCAAUGGACCGAAGAAAUUAAGCCAAUAGAUCAACCUCAACGUUUCGGUAAUGCCGCAUUUAGGGAUUGGCGGAAUAGACUAUGUGAGAAAGCGGAUGACCUAAUUACCCCAUUGCUACCUGAUGAUGCUAAAGAAUCAAUAAUAGAACUUAAAGCCUACUGGAAAGAAAGCUUUGGUAACGCUACUAGGAUUGAUUACGGAUCAGGCCAUGAACUUUCUUUCGUUGCCUUCCUCUUUUGUUUAUGCAAGCUGGAAGUGUUUCAUGAAAGCGAUUGUUGUUCUCUGGUUUUACAAGUCUUUAAUAGGUACCUUGAUGUUGUAAGAAAUUUACAAUCUAGAUAUAGGAUGGAACCAGCAGGUAGUCACGGGGUAUGGGGAUUGGAUGAUUUUCAAUUCCUUUCCUAUUUAUGGGGUAGUUCACAAUUAAUAGAUCACCCUACGAUUCUACCAAAGUCCUUUGUAGACCCAAAGAUUUGUCAAGAAAAUGCCCACGAAUAUAUGUUUUUAGACUGCAUUAAUUUCAUUAAUAAGAUGAAAACGGGUCCGUUUGCUGAACAUUCUAAUCAGUUAUGGGGUAUUAGUGGUGUACUGUAUUGGGCUAAAGUCAAUUCUGGCUUAAUUAAAAUGUUCAAAGCCGAAGUUGUAGGAAAAUUUCCUGUAGUGCAACAUUUUGUUUUCGGUUCAUUGUUAUCAAUAGCAAAACAUGAAGUGCCUAGGCGUGUAUGA